AAAAUGCAGCUCAGGUUAAGGUUAACGUUUCUCCUCUGGACCGUGCUCAUAUUGCUCGAAGUGGGAGCUAGCCCGGAUCAUAUCAUAACCAAUGGCUAUCCGGCUGCGGUGGGCCAGGCGCCGUACAUUGUGGGCCUGUUGCUGAGGGAGGGCCACGCAGGCAGAUGGUGUGGCGGCUCGAUCAUAGACCACAAGUGGGUGCUGACGGCGGCGCAUUGCACAGAUCACAUUGACUCGGUGAGCAUCUAUUAUGGAGCAACUCGGCGCACACAGGCGCUGUUCCAUUUGGUUGUGGGCAUCGAGGAUAUUGUCCAGCAUCCCAAUUGGCCGGACAGCAUUGGCAACGACAUUGCCCUGAUCCACACACCAUAUGUCGGCUUCUGGUCGCUGGUCAAUAAGGUGCAGCUGCCUGGCUUUGCCCAGCGCAGCGUCAGCUUUGAGAACCAUCAAGUUGUCACCUGUGGCUGGGGCAGCACCUACGAUGGCAGUGCCCUGCCCGACUGGCUGCAGUGCAUCGACUUGCGCAUCAUCAGCAAUGCUGAGUGCGCCCGCAGCUAUGGCGCGCUGCCCGCGAGCGUAUUGUGCGUGGCCACGCCCGAGGGCAGAUCCAUUUGUGAUGGCGACUCCGGCGGUCCGUUGGUAACGCACGACGAUCCCAAACUGGUGGGCAUUACCUCCUUCAGCGAUGCGGACAGCUGUCUCUCGGUGGCUCCGGCUGGUUUCACACGCGUCACCCACCACUUGGACUGGAUACGCCAAAUCUCCGGCGUGUUUUACUAGAAACCAAAGAAUUUCAAAUCCUGUAAUCGUAUCGAUUGUGAUAUUGUUAUCGCCGCUAUAGAACGUCGAUAUGUUGACAAUAAUUUGUCGUGCUUAAAAUAUAUCGAUAGUUGCAUUGAAAA